AUGGCGUCGAGUAGCCCCUCCACCGCCACCAUUGCUUCCCCAUCUCCCUUGGGUUCGGUCAUCCAUGUCGUUCAUGGCUCCACGGAGCACAUAAGUGAGCCCGUGACGUCGAACGACGAGGCACCGGCGAAACAGUCGUACUUCGGCAAAUGCCAGUACAAAACCGGCAAGUGCUUCAACGAACGCACCCUCAAGCGCAAUGGGGACGCGCACUCUCUGUGUGAAGAGCACCGUGUCAAGCAAAACAUGAUCCAACGUCGCAGCGACCGCAAGUACCAGACGGUUCAUGCGAUUCGUCGUCGUGAACGAUCCCUCCGCCGUGCCGUUCUGAAGAAGCAAGUAUCAAUGGCCGUGGCUCAGCAGCUCUUUUAUGAGCACCAGCAGCAGAAGGUGCUAGCUGUCCCACACUUUCAACAGCAGCCGGACCAUCCUGUGCACAGACGCACGAUUGUCGGCACCAAUUGCACUGCCCCGACUCCAGGUGUCACUUCGGACAUGGACCAGGUGGCUCCCAUCCGAGUGCCCCAGCCGGCGCUGAGUCGCAUAAUGGACGACGGGAAAGACAGUGCUAGUUCGCCGUUGGUCUUGUCGUUCGAGUCGCAGAACAACCGCAAGCAGAGUGGGUUCAAGGCUGCGAAUAAGGCUCUUGCGGCAGUAGCAUCAUGUUCAAGCGUCAAGGACGAGUCAACCCCAACCGGUAUCGACAACUUCAUGCCUCGCUCCUUUUUGCAUCUGCCCAUGCCUUUUGACGUCGACAACUUGCCAGUGUUGAACGAUGUCGAGAUGGACGAGAUCAGUCUAAGCGACAACUUCGGUUACAUGCCUAUUGUUUCGCGAUCGGGGGACAAGGAAACGUGGAGCGAAGACGACAUUGAGUUUUUGCAGACUAUUUUGCUGGCCUAG